CAUGUUCCAGGACUUAGAUUUUGCGCAUGCGCAGAAGGCAUCGAAGAGGAGGAGAAAACAAACGGCGCCAACGAGAUAUUUGAAAGAGGCUAACGAGGAAAUCACUUCAAAAGGUAAAGAUGAGCCAGAAGUUCAACAAACUUGCCUACAACGACAACUUAUGCAAAAGUCACCGGAACAUAAGAAAGAAGAAGAAAAUCUUCUUCACAUUCCUGAAUUCGUCCCUCAGAAUCAACCGACUCAUUUGUUACAAGACUACCAUCAACUUAUGGAUCGAUUACAAAGGAACCAAGUGUUUAAUGAACAGUUAAGAAUUGCCGAAUUACUUUAUCCUUCGGCGUCGAAUACUUUCAAUAGCCAAUUUGCCUAUAAUUCUCAAAAAGACUCUAUUUUCUCAUCUCCGUGGCCAAGCGGCGGAAGAAAAUUACCGGACGGUGUUGAAUUGGUCACUUUAAUUUGUAGGAACAAACAAGGAAAAUCUGUGAAAUUACAGGUAGAAAUGGAUGUCGGAACCGACCCUCAUAGUUUAUCGGCCAACGAUAUUGCCGCCCUAAGGGCUCGAGGCGUCUAUAGAGGGCGUCCGAGACUGGACCAACGCGUUUAUCAUCUCGAUAUCAUCCUGGGUACAAACGAUUGUAAGGUACCCGAAUACGAAACCAUAACAAUAUUAUGUAAAGACCAAAGAGGUGGACCUAUGAAAUUACAACUAAACGUUCCGACCAAUAUCAAUCCGGAAACGCUCACCGUCGAGCAGAUUACUGAAUUAAGGCGGAACGCCACUGCCCAUGGUCGACCAGCUUUAAGUAGGAAAGUCAUCAAAUUGGACAUAUGUCUACCAAGAAAUAUCGCUACGAAGAUGGUUAAAUCGUGUCCUCACUGCCCUUACGCGACUUCAAUAUCGGAAGCGUUGGAAAGGCAUAUAAAAACGAUUCAUUUGGACUCGGCCAUUGUCUUGGAGAGCGAGGGAAAAUCUCUACCGUGCAGGGCGCCCGGGUGCAAUUAUAUGGCGUAUGACACCGCCGCUCUGGUGGCACACCAGGUCACAGUUCACGAAAAAUCUUAUCGGUCACGUAAUGAGGAAGAUAUCGCUCUAGAUUUGACCGGGGAAAAUAAUAAUGUGGAAAACAAUCACAGAUGCGAACCCAACGUUGAUUCCGAUUCCAGUGAUAUUAAAGAUUAUUCUCUGAAUUCCGAUUCGUCCAAUGGUAACGUCGAUUUUCCAAACCAGGAAAAAUUUAACGCCUGCGAUUUAUGUACUUACAAAUCAAAAACUCGUAGUAAUCUUUACGUUCACAUGCGUAAAGUGCACCAGGUGGAGCCUCAAUUGAGAAAACCCGGUAGGAAAAGAAAGUCGGUCGUUGUCUAA